AUGACGAUUCCCUCAGCCGUCUGCAACAUCUCUGUGGACAUCGUAAAGUUAACACAUACUUAUGUGAAUGUGGCGGCCGUUUUCGGCUAUUUUAUGAUCCUCGGCGACUGCGUUUAUUACCUUUUGAAUGAUCCGGCGCUCGCACCCCUCCCCGCCACUACCACUACCGCUGGUGGACUGACUCUCUACUACCCCUGCUCUUCUACAGUAAUCAUGCAAAUUGGUGAUCAGUAG